AAGGUGGGGGUGGUGCGAGGGUCAGGAACGAAAUUGGAACGGGAAGAUGCGACGACUGCUAUUUACGGGUUUCAACGCAUUUGGCCAGCAUGAAUUUGUAACCGGCGACACCGACAGCGCUGCCGGCUUCAGAGAAAUAAAUGCGCCACUGUCAGAACAAAACCAGUGCACGAUUUCGGUCGGCUGGCGGUAUUCCGCCCUCGCCUUGGGCCGGAAGUUGUAUAUGCGUGGGCUUCUUGAGUUCGAACCCCACGAGUGCGUGACCCUCGAAGCGGUGGACAACAUUAAAGCCCUGGCCGCCGGCGAAGCCUACUGUUUGGUGCUACUUCACAGCGGUCAGCUGUACAGGGUUUCAAUCAAAAUUAAAACGGAACUGCAGGCCGUACGCCUGGAAGCUCCGCCCCGACCAAAUUCGGCGACAAAGCGUUCUAUUUUUGGGACAACCAAGGCCCAACCCGGAUCGCCGAUUGUCGAGCACAUUGCCUGCGGAUCUCACAUGAACGUAGCUGUCAGCUCGGAAAACGCCGUCUACAGUAUUCCCAGCUGCCUGCACCAGUUUCCCGGUCGCCAGUUUCGGGUAAAGCAGCUGGAAUGUGGUCACGAGCACGCCGUGCUCCUGAGCAGAAACGGUGACGUCUACACCUGGGGAAACGGACUACGUGGACAAUUGGGCCAGAGCGUUUUAAAGACGGAGGAGACUCCGCAUUUACUGGAGGCGCUAGCAGGCAUUAAGAUAACCCGCAUUGCUGCCGGCGGUUGGCACAGUGCAGCCAUAUCCGCCUUCGGAGACCUCUACACCUGGGGACUGAACUGCAGCGGCCAGCUGGGCAUACGCGUGAUGAAACCCGGCGGAUUGCUAAAGGAGCCCACUGUAUACCCGCUGCCCCAGUUGCACGAUCUGCCCGAGUGCAGCUGCUCCAAAAACCAGGAGAGUAGCAGCGAUGACUGUGCACCACUGAGGGUAUUUGCCGGUUCGCGUCACACACUGCUGAUUCGACGCUGUGGGGGGCUAUGGGUCAGCGGUUGGAGCAAGUAUGGCCAGUUGGGCAAGAGGUCUGACCGGCAGGUGGAAUUUCUGGAUGCCUUUCAGGCUCUGGAGAGAAUAAGAUUGAGUCAAGAGACUGAUCAAAUUAUUUGUGGUCCGUGGGCCACGCUGCUUUGUGUGGAAUCAUAAAAUAAAGUGAUGUUAAAAUUGUAGGAACCUAAUAAAUAGAAGUUCUAUGUUAA